UUUAAUAAACAACCUUUAAGUCGAAUUGAGGAAAAGGAAGAAGGGUAUUUUAUGAAGAUCUUUAUAUUAAUUUUGAUAUAGUGAUCCGAUCUGAACCAUUUGCUCGGUGACUGUAGCGUUGCUUCGUAUAAUAAUUUAUGCUAAAUUUCAUGAAGAUAUCUUGCCAAAUAAAAAGUUUUCCAUACAAAAUAUUAGUUUUGUUCGGUCAGUUCGUAUGACAGCUAUAUGCUAUAGUUGUCCGGUCUGAUCAAUGAAUUAUACUUGGGAGAAAUUUCAUUAAGAUAUCUUAUCAAAUAAAAAAUUUUCUAUACAAGGACUAGAUUUUAAAUGAUCAGUUUGUAUAUCGGCUAUAUCCUAUAGUGGUUCGAUAGCGGCGACUCCGAUAAAGUAGCAGCUUCUUGGGUAGAAAAGGACUUAAGCAAAAUUUCAGAUCGAUAUCUAAAAUCUGAUAGGCUAGUUAGCUCGUGUAUUUAAUCUAUAUACGUUUCCUUCUGGGUGUUACAAAUUUCGUGGCAAAGUUAAUAUACCCUGUUCAGUGUAAAAAAAGUUAUAUGUAAGUAUAUGUACACCAUUGUUUGGUAUUCAUGUAUGUAAGUAGACUGUAAGAAGACUCUGCGCCGGGGCACCAUUUUUUUUUCGAAAGCAAUAUCUUGAGGGACUUACUAUAUCACAUAAAAAAUAAUGAUGUGCAUGAAAGAGGAAUGCUAACGCAAAUUGAGCUGUUUCAGAUAGAGAUAUAUGACCUACCAUAUUAUUUGGUAAUUUUACUUUCUCUCUGCUCUCUGUACUUGGGCAUCUCCAAAGAAGAAGCUUGUAUUGCAACUCAAUGGCUAGUAGUUACUAUUGAAGCAUAAUAAGACGAAUGACAUUGGCUUGGCGUGGGCGUUGUAUCACAUUGAACACGAUAAGCAGCCAGUAUUCCUUGGGUUGCUUGCUCAUAGCUGUAGGCAUGUUACACAUUCACACAUAUUUGGGGUUAUUUUCUUAUCGCCAACAGCCCUAAAAUGCAACACGCGGUCCUUUAUGUAACGCGAUAAGUUGAUAACGACUACCGGAACAUUUUUUUCGUGGUUGAUAUGUACGGAAAAACACAAUAGACGCUCAUCCGUUCGGGUACAAAAGGUGCCAUACACAAAUUUUUGUCACGUAGUUAAUAUUGUGAUGUCGCACAUAUUAGCGGCUACUUUUCCUUACAUAUUUUUCUUGAUGGCAUGUUUGGAAAUUAAAGAAAUACGGUAUUAAACGAAAAGCCACCGGCUGGUAGAUACGUAAAAUUUCGCAUUUUUAUAUAUUUGACUUACAGUUUCUUUAAACAAAGUUCGCGACGAGUAAGUUAGAAGUUUAAGUAAUUUCUAUUGGUAAUACAGUUCGAUUCGAAAUAUUUAAAUAUAAACUAUAUAAAUUUAACUGGAUAAAUCAAGUGUGGAAAGGUGUGGCAGUGAUGCAACUCUAUUUACUCAAAUUACGAUGUUUAUGCUUUGUUGCUGUUGUUAUAUUUAUAACGCAGGAGGUGUCAGGAAUUGAAGUCCGUGCAGCCCCGCUUAUUGAUCGCCACAACAUACCACAUAAUAACGAUGUGGCUUACGGACCAGGCUACACGGAUGUCGAAAACUACUAUGAUAUAUUUGAAGAAGCUGCAAAAUUAUUUCCAUACAACGGAAAGCGUUCAUCACGUAUACAUGUUUUCCGGCGUGGUUGCAUACCUCGCGGCGGUGCUUGCGAUAGUAGGCCAAAUGGCUGCUGCUACAAUAGUUCGUGUCGCUGCAAUCUCUGGGGCAGCAAUUGUCGUUGUCAACGCAUGGGACUCUUCCAGAAGUGGGGCUAAGCGCCAAGAUAUACGAUAAAGACUUCAACCUACCUACAACCAAUAUCCGGUUAAUAUUAAAAACUUUAAACUAGUUUAUUUACUAAUACCAAAGAUUUCUUGCAACUGUUUAAACAUAACCCAGUAUAUAGCAAAAAUUAUUUACUUAACAAAAGAAAACACUUAAAUGGUAAUAUGGAAAUGCUAUCAACAUACAAGCCGUGUAAAGCCAGCAGCGUUACAGAACUGAACAGAAAAAAGUAAAACAAUUUGUGUAAACACUAGUGUAAUUAGUUAUUAGCUCCAGCAAAUAUAGCCAAUAUACUUGUAUGUAUGUAAACAAAACUAACACAUGCAAAAAAUGUUUGUAUGUAUUAAAUAACAUAGUACAAAUGUUACACAUUUCAAAUAACCGAUUUUAGUUAAAAUUGCUUUGUUCGGAAAUGUAUUAAGUCUUGAUGAUGAUGACAAUUUGUAAAUACCUUUGGUAUUUUUGCGAUUUUAGAAAGAAAGGUUUGUAAUAUUGAAUAAGAUGCUUUCCUUUUGAAUAAUAUGUAGGAAAAGAAAAUUAGAUUCACAAUAAUUUUUAAUUUUUUAAUGUAAAUAUUUUCGUGCGAGAUAUAAAAUGGGAAUGCCUUACAUAUACUGUUUAUUUAGUAGAGAGCAACGGUCGAAACUUCACGUCUGCUCACAUAGUACAUAUCAUAUAUAAAUGUUAUGUGGCGUGGAUAUAAAUUUCUCCUCCGAAAAAAGCGCAUUUCACCGCAAUUAUUGGCAGUCUGUUUGAACAAAUAUACCAUUAGUUUUGCCGAUUUGCUACUCUCUAAUGAAUUGAGGAUACAUAAAAGUAAUUUAACGUACAGAGUUGAUACAGUUUUAAAUUAGUAAAAAGAUUUACUAUUGUUAUACUAUGUUAAUGAAAAUUUAUCAUGGCUAGCCCUAGGCAUCUCUCAUACACACACACGUGCCGGCGUUGAUAAACAUCUACUUCAAACAAUUGACUAUUCAAUCAUACGAAAUAGCCCAAUUAGACACAUAGCCCAACUAUCUCUGAAUCCAAUCGCAACCAGGCCAGCGAUUUAAUAGUGUUUGUUUUUUAUUGUAACUUCGAUUAAUUUUUGAGAAAUUAACUGCAAGAAAUAUGCUAUUUCGUUUCCCGGAAUUCUUUUGUGGCCUGGAACCCAGUAUAUUAGUAUGCAGCCAAUUUGCGGCAGGCACUACGUCUAUUAUUAUUGAUCUCCUUUACGUUCUUUCCUGCAUUAUUAGGUAUCUCAGCCGCUUUCUUAACAGCAAAGACUUUCGCCUGAAAGACACUGCAGUAUUCCAGAAACUUUAAGGGAACCUGCUCACUACAUUGGUAUAUAUUAAUAAAAAGUAUAAUAAUAGAAAUUUAAAAGGUCAAUGCAACACCUAAUUUGUCGCCAUUUUGGAACACAAAUUUUUAUUUAACUUAAAUAAAUUCAAAAGAAGAAGUGAAGAGAGCAAAUGAGUUAUAAAUUUGGACGAAAAACCAAUACCCGGUAGAGAAAGAUACCAUUAAUCAAGGCGCUUGGUUAAACUUAUCAUCAUAUCAUUGUAGAAUGGACAUCUAAUUUCAGAUUAUCAAGCUAUCAGGGGUGUUGUGGAAUUCAAGACAGAUUUGCGUAGUUGUCAGAAUUGCAAACCAAUUCUGAUUUUGAAUGGUGUCACAGAAUCUGAUUGGAUUUGCGUCUUUUCGAACAUAUGCAAAAUCAAUAUUUGAAUCAGCUGUCUACUAAUGUGACAAAAUUUUUAAAUGAAUAAAUUAUGAAUUUUAUAUAUUUGAAAUGCUGAAUGAAGUCUACUAAAGUUUACAAUGAGUUCCGCUAUUUUAGCUUUUAUUUGGAAAUUUGGCUUGCAUCUACUUGUAUGUUUGUAUACAUGCUUUCUUUACAGAUUUAUAUCACAUUAUCGACUGAAUAAAGACGCAUGUGGGUGUUAAAUUAUGUUUGUUACGUUUUGUAAAUUCCCUUAAAAUAUCUUGAUUUUUUCCAUAAACUCGAUAAUUAUGACAUUUUUUGUUUUAUUCUUAUGUUUUCCCCUAUAGAAAUUACGAUAAAUUAAAUCGAAACAAUAAUAUAAAUUAUUUUCUUAACUAACAUUUCAAAUCUGUCAGCAAAAAUCCUCUUGCUUUGCUUCUGAUAACAAAACCGAUAAAAUUGGUUUCCGUGACACCCAAAACCGAUACAAUUUCUGUUUCGAACGUCAAACCAAUAGUAUCUGAAUUCAUGACACCUACUACAUUUUUUUAUCAGUUUCAAUUCUGAUUCCGACAACUAUCAGAUUCUACAACACACCUGUAUAUUUGACAGCGCUUUGUUGGCGUUUGACAUGUAUUUUUUAAGCAUUUUUAUCAUGGAUUUGAGAGCGUUCAAGGCCUUCCUUAGCCAUAGAAGCUUUCAAUGUAUAUCUUGCCACAAUAAAGCAAAUACAGAUAAUAAGCAUUAGGCCAGUACCUAAAAAAUUGUUUAAUCGAAUAGUUUAGCUAAUAAAGAUAAUGCUUCGUAUUCGUCAGAUUGCGUAAAGUGUGCAAACAAAGCUCCAGCUGAAAUUCCAAGACGUCAGAAGCAAAGAAGUAUUGUAUCAUAUAGGUACUUUAUAAAAAUGUUCUUUGAUUUUCAGGUUUUUACUUCAUCCUCGCUUUUAAAUAUUUUGAAUUUUAUUUUGCCAGUAAUUAUAUUACUUAAAAAUAAUAUAGCUGAAUAUCAUAUAUGUAUGUUAAUAUAUAUGCCAAAACUAGUUGAUUCGAAAAAGAAGCCAAAGUUUCAAAAUACGAAGUACAAGCUGUGUGUGCGUUUGUGUCUUUAUUAUGUGUGUUUGCCGGAAAACUAAACAAAAAUAAUGACUAUAUGUUUACAACAUUUUAAAACAUGAAUGUUUAUUAUUGCAGUAUAUAUACCUAUAUAUAUAUAUAUCUAUACAAAGAAAAUUGAUGUAUUUACUACAAACAAAAUGAGUAAUUUAAACUCUAUUGUAUGAAUUUCAUUAAAAUAUACAAGAAAUAUAUAGGUAAACUAUUGACAAAUAUAUACUUUAGUCAAGCAGCAGAUAAAA